UCCCGGGCCUUUUGCUCUCCGCCCCGUGGGGACUGGGGGUGGGGGCCCGGGGUGGGAAGGGGCGUGUGCCAGCGCACGCGCGCUCCCGGGAAGAAGAGGUCUAAGAGCAAGAACGAGCGGCCCCGGGUUUCCGGGAGAAAAUAUCUGGGGUGUCUGCGAGAGGCUGGAGGCGGACGGUGCCGAGUCGAGGGCACCAUGGCCGCUCUCCUCCUGCUGCCCCUGCUUCUCUUGCUGCCGCUGCUCCUGCUGAAGCUGCACCUCUGGCCGCAGCUGCGCUGGCUCGCGGGAGAUGUGGCCUUCACCGUGCGCGCCCUACGGUGCAAACGGGCUCUUCGAGCUCGCGCCCUGGCCGCGGCUGCCGCCGACCCGAAAAGCCCCGAGGGCGGCUGCAGCCUGGCUGGGCGUCUCGCGCAGCUGGCCCGGGAGCGCCCCGCGCACACCUUUCUCAUUCACGGCGCGCGGCGCUUCAGUUACGCCGAGGCGGAGCGUGAGAGUAACCGGGCUGCACGCGCCUUCCUGCGCGCGUGGGGCUGGGACGAGGGACCCGGGGGCGGCGGCGGCGCAGAGACCGCCGGGGAAGGCGGGCGGGCGGCGCCGGGAGCAGGAGGCACGGCCGGAAGCCGAGCGGCGCUGGCCGGGUGUGAAGGGGAUGGGACACCCAAAGUUGGAGGAGCCGCGGCCCCUCUGGAGCCCGGGGCGACCGUGGCGCUGCUCCUCCCCGCCAGCCCGGAGUUCCUGUGGCUCUGGUUCGGUCUGGCCAAGGCCGGCCUGCGCACCGCCUUUGUGCCCACCGCCCUGCGCCGGGGCCCCCUCCUGCAUUGCCUCCGCAGCUGCGGCGCGCGCGCGCUGGUGCUGGCGCCAGAGCUCUUGGAGUCCCUGGAACCUGACCUACCGGUCCUCAGAGCCAUGGGGCUCCGCCUGUGGGCCGCAGGCCCGGUACCACCGCCUGCUGGAAUCAGCGAUCUGCUGGCUGCGGCCUCGGCUGAAGGGGAUGGGCCGGUGCCCGGGUACCUGUCGGCCCCCGAGAACAUAAUGGACACGUGCCUGUACAUCUUCACCUCUGGCACCACGGGCCUCCCCAAGGCUGCUCGCAUCAGUCACAUGAAGAUUCUUCAGUGCCAGGGCUUCUACCAGCUGUGCGGUGUCCACCAGGACGAUGUGAUCUACCUGGCGCUCCCGCUCUACCACAUGUCCGGCUCCCUGCUGGGCAUCGUGGGCUGCCUGGGCAUUGGGGCCACGGUGGUGCUGAAGUCCAAGUUCUCCGCCGGUCAGUUCUGGGAAGACUGCCAACGGCACAGGGUGACAGUGUUCCAGUACAUUGGGGAGUUGUGCCGAUACAUUGUCAACCAGCCCCCGAGCAAGGCCGAGCAUGGCCAUAAGGUCCGGCUGGCAGUGGGCAGUGGGCUGCGCCCGGACACCUGGGAGCGUUUUGUGCGGCGCUUCGGGCCUCUGCAGGUGCUGGAGACAUAUGGGAUGACCGAGGGCAACGUGGCCACCUUCAACUACACAGGACAGCGGGGUGCGAUAGGACGGGACUCCUGGCUUUACAAGCGCCUCUUCCCCUUCUCUCUGAUUCGCUGUGACAUCACCACAGGGGAGCCAGUUCGGGACACCCGGGGGCACUGUAUGGCCACAUCUCCUGGUGAGCCUGGGCUGCUGGUGGCCCCAGUGAGCCAGCAGUCCCCAUUCCUGGGCUACGCUGGGGGCCCAGAGCUGGCCCGGGGAAAGCUGCUAGAGGAUGUUUUCCGGCCUGGGGAUGUUUUCUUCAACACUGGGGACCUGUUGGUCUGUGAUGAUCAAGGCUUUCUGCACUUCCAUGACCGUACCGGAGACACUUUCAGAUGGAAGGGGGAAAAUGUAGCCACAACCGAGGUGGCAGAGGUCUUAGAGGCCCUGGAUUGUCUUCAGGAGGUGAGCGUCUAUGGAGUCUCUGUGCCAGGGCAUGAAGGAAAGGCUGGGAUGGCAGCCCUGGUGCUGCGACCCCCCCACUCUUUGGACCUUGUGCGUCUCUACGCCCACGUCUCUGAGAAUUUGCCACCUUACGCCCGGCCUCGAUUCCUAAGACUCCAGGAGUCUCUGGCCACCACAGAGACCUUCAAACAGCAGAAGGUCCGGAUGGCAAGUCAGGGCUUUGACCCGAGCUCACUGCCUGACGCAUUUUACGUUCUGGACGAGGCUGCGGGAGCCUACGUGCCCCUCACUGCUGCCCGGCACGCUGCCCUGCUGGCUGGGGACCUUCGCAUCUGA